AUGGCUGUGAAGAAGUCCUUCAUCCUGUUCCCACUGCUAGCCCUGCUGCUGCUGGUGCUGGGUUGGGCCCAGCCUUCCCUGGGCAAGGAGUCCCCAGCCAUGAAGUUCCAGCGGCAACACAUGGAUUCAGACAGCUUACCCAGUAGCUCCAGCUACUGCAACCAAAUGAUGAGGCGCCGGAAUAUGACAGAGGGAUGGUGCAAGCCAGUGAACACCUUUGUGCAUGAGUCCCUGGUGGAUGUCCAGGCCAUCUGCCACCAGAAGAGUGUCACCUGCAAGAACAAGCAGCCCAACUGCCACCAGAGCAAUUCAAGCAUGCAUAUCACAGACUGCCGCCUGACAAGCGGCUCCAAGUAUCCCAACUGUGCAUACCAGACCAGCAAUAUGAUGAGAUAUAUCAUUGUGGCCUGUGAGGGGAACCCAUAUGUACCUGUCCAUUUUGAUGCUUCUGUGGAGGUCUCCUCCUGAAGCCAGAGCACAGAUGCCCCCCAUGAGUCCCAAAUGUUAACCCCUUCACUACUUCUCUUAAUAAAACAGUUGCAACCACUUGGAUUCUUGAAACUGUUCCCAUCCAGGCCCUGUUUCUGUGAUUGCUUUCCUAUAAGGGGAACUGAGAAAUUAACUGAAUCUGGUCAGCAGCUGUGA